AAGAAAAGUCGGAAGACCAGGAUCUACAGGGUCUCAAGGACAAACCCCUGAAGUUUAAAAAGGUGAAGAAAGAUAAGAAAGAAGACAAAGAGGGCAAGCAUGAGCCUCUGCAGCCAUCAGCCCACCACUCUGCAGAGCCAGCUGAGGCAGGAAAAGCCGAGACAUCAGAAGGUUCGGGCUCCGCGCCAGCCGUGCCAGAAGCUUCUGCUUCCCCCAAACAACGGCGCUCCAUCAUUCGUGACCGGGGACCCAUGUAUGAUGAUCCCACCCUCCCUGAAGGUUGGACAAGAAAGCUUAAGCAAAGGAAGUCUGGCCGCUCUGCUGGGAAGUAUGAUGUGUAUUUAAUCAAUCCCCAAGGAAAAGCCUUUCGCUCUAAAGUGGAGUUGAUUGCAUACUUCGAAAAGGUAGGCGACACCUCCCUGGACCCUAAUGAUUUUGACUUCACGGUAACUGGGAGAGGGAGCCCCUCCCGGCGAGAGCAGAAACCACCUAAGAAGCCUAAAUCUCCCAAAGCUCCAGGAACUGGCAGAGGUCGGGGACGCCCCAAAGGGAGCGGCACUGGGAGACCCAAGGCUGCAGCAUCAGAAGGUGUUCAGGUGAAAAGGGUCCUGGAGAAAAGCCCCGGGAAACUCCUUGUCAAGAUGCCUUUCCAAGCUUCGCCUGGAGGCAAAGGCGAGGGGGGUGGGGCUACCACUUCUGCCCAGGUCAUGGUGAUCAAACGCCCUGGAAGGAAAAGAAAGGCUGAGGCUGAUCCCCAGGCCAUUCCCAAGAAACGGGGCAGAAAGCCAGGGAGUGUGGUGGCAGCUGCUGCCGCCGAGGCCAAAAAGAAAGCCGUGAAGGAGUCUUCCAUCCGGUCUGUGCAGGAGACCGUGCUCCCCAUCAAGAAGCGCAAGACCCGGGAGACAGUCAGCAUUGAGGUCAAGGAAGUGGUGAAGCCCCUGCUGGUGUCCACCCUUGGUGAGAAGAGCGGGAAGGGACUGAAGACCUGCAAGAGUCCUGGACGGAAAAGCAAAGAGAGCAGCCCUAAGGGUCGCAGCAGCAGCGCCUCCUCACCCCCCAAGAAGGAGCACCACCAUCACCACCACCACUCAGAGUCCCCAAAGGCCCCUGUGCCACUGCUCCCACCUCCGCCCCCACCCCUGCCUGAGCCCGAGAGCUCUGAGGACCCCACCAGCCCCCCUGAGCCCCAGGACUUAAGCAGCAGUGUCUGCAAAGAGGAGAAGAUGCCCCGAGGAGGCUCGCUGGAGAGCGACGGCUGCCCCAAGGAGCCAGCUAAGACUCAGCCCGCGGUUGCUACCGCCGCCACAGCUGCAGAAAAGUACAAACACCGAGGGGAGGGAGAGCGCAAAGACAUUGUUUCAUCCUCCAUGCCAAGGCCAAACAGAGAGGAGCCUGUGGACAGCCGGACGCCCGUGACCGAGAGAGUUAGCUGACUUUACACAGAGCGGAUUGCAAAGCAAACCAACAAGAAUAAAGGCAGCUGUUGUCUCUUCUCCUUAUGGGUAGGGCUCUGACAAAGCUUCCCGAUUAACUGAAAUAAAAAAUAUUUUUUUUUCUUUCAGUAAACUUAGAGUUUCGUGGCUUCAGGGUGGGAGUAGUUGGAGCAUUGGGGAUGUUUUUCUUAUCGACAAGCACAGUCAGGUUGAAGACCUAACCAGGGCCAGAAGUAGCUUUGCACUUUUCUAAACUAGGCUCCUUCAACAAGGCUUGCUGCAGAUACUACUGACCAGACAAGCUGUUGACCAGGCACCUCCCCUCCCACCCACACCCUUUCCCCAUGUGCUCGUUAGAGACAGAGAGCAGUUGAGAGGACACUCCCAUUUUCGGUGCCAUUGGUGCCCCGUCCACAGCUCCCCCAGUUCCCCCACUACCCCUCACUCCCAGCCACAGUGGGACAGGGAGAUGUGAGGCAAGAGAAACCGUUGGAUUCUUUAGUGAAGAUGACGGAGAUGGCCAGUGGCUAUGGCCCACAUGAUCCCGCUCGUGGCGGCACAAGUCAGGCCCCACACCAACCCCAAUCCAAAACUGACAAGGACAUUUUACAUGACAGGAAAGUGGCACCUGUCUACUCCAGCUCUGGCAUGGCUAGAAGGGGUCCUGAACUGCUGGGUGUAGACUGACCUGAGCCACAGGAGAGGAUGGCCCAGGGUGAGAUAGCAUCACCUGUUCUCAAGGCACGUCAUCCAGUGGGUGGCACGAGAGAGAGUCCAUGGAGGCAGCAGGACAAAGAGUAGGCAGGCUGGCCCAGGGCCAUGCCGGGCCCGCUGCAACAGGGCAAGAGAGAUUUCUAGUCGCUCAAAGCAGCCUGUGAGUAGUAGUUAGGGACUUAGUGGACGGGACAAGGAGCAAGGGGGGAGGAGAGGAAAAACGUUCUUCCAAUUACUUUCCAGUUCUCCUCUAGGGACAGCUUAGAAUUAUUUGCACUAUUGAGUCUUCAUGUUCCCACUUCAAAACAAACAGAAGCAAACUGGCUUGAAUUGGUGACACUUUGUCCCUCAAGCCACCAGACGUGACAGUGUUCAGAACUACCUGGAUCUGUAUAUACCUGCGCUUGUUUUAAAGUGGGCUCAGCACAUAGGGUUCCCACGAAGCUCCGAAACUCUAAGUGUUUGCUGCAAUUUUAUAAGGACUUCCUGAUUGGUUUCUCUUCUGUCCUUCCAUUUCUGCCUUCCUAUGAUUUCUUCCCUUUCUUCCUUCCAAAGCCCUACCUCCUAGUUCAUCCCUUCUGUUCCAGGCAGCUGCAGUGCCCAACUAUACACUGAGCUGACACUAGUCGGCUCCAGCCCCUAGAACUCUCCCUGCCCUGUUGCCUUCCCACUGCCAGCACCAGCCUCACCAUGUCUGAGCCCUGAGGAAACCCUGGGCUCUGUGAAGAGCAAGAGAGCAACAAGUCUUGCUCUCCUAGGUAACCCCCUUCUUCCCUGGUAAGAAAAAGGCAAAAGGCUUUUCAGACCCUGAACAAUGAGCCUUUCGACCCUUCUACUGUAGAGAAGUGGCUCAGAGAAGCUGGGCCACCUUUGGUAGCUAAAGGAGGCAUAGAGGACCCAUUGUGGCCUGCUAAUCCUUGAGUAGCCCAAUGGGCUUCAUGUCCACCAUCCUUGGCCCCACUCAGAAGUCUAGUGUCUAGCAUAAUGUGGCAGGUUAGCUUGUGGGACAAAUGCAGACUCUCGAGACUAAGCUGGGAGUGGCACCUGGGCCCCCAGCCCUCCCUCUGUUCCCCUUUUCCUCCACAAAGUCCCUCUAGUAAAACUGUAUUGCUUUUGCUCCCUGGAGACUGGGCAGGGCCGGCACGCCACACAUUUUGUGAUCUCUGCUCCGUGCGUGUGGUAUGGGGGUUUAACGGCUUUGCCUUGCUAUGGGGUUUUAAUUAAUUUUCAUUUGGGAUCCCAGAGUUUUAACCUCUGUUCAGGAAGUCCUUAUCUAGCUGCAUAUCUUCAUCAUAUUGGUAUAUCCUUUUCUGUGUUUACAGAGAUGUCUCAUAUCUAAAUCUGUCCAACUGAGAAGUACCUUAUCAAAGUAGCAAAUGAGACAGCAGUCUUAUGCUUCCAGAACACCCACAGGCACAUCCCAUGUGAGCUGCUGCCAUGAACUGUCAAGUGCGUGUUGUCUUGUGUAUUUCAGUUAGUGUCCCCUGGCUUCCCUUCUGCAGUGUAAUCAUGAAGGAGUUAAACAUCAUAGAAACUGUCUAGCACAUCCUUGCCAGUCUUUAGUGAUCAGGAACCAUAGUUGACAGUUCCAAUCAGUAGCUUAAGAUAAAACUGUGUUGUCUCUUCUGGAAUGGUUAGAAGUGAGGGAUUUUGCCCCAUUCUGUUCGUAGAGUCAUAGUUGGACUUUCUAGCAUAUUUGUAUCUAUUUCCUUAUGCUGUAAAAGCAAGCCCUACAACCAGAUUCCCAUCAACCAAUCUCCAUCCCUUCUGCCCACUCUGCUGUUGUUCCUCCCAGCGUCACUUCUGACUCCUCCCCUCAGAAAGAGAAGGGGGGGUCAGAGGAGGGGCUCUGGGGGUCCAGGACAAGUCCUUCGGAACUCUUUUUCCUCCAAGGACAAAAGGUCCCUGUCCCGCAGUGGCCUUGUACUCCAAGCACCCCCAGAAGACACCUAUCCGUGCAAGCACUACACCUGUCCCAGUUGUCACCAAGAAGAUGUUUUUUUGUGCUUAGCUGGGUUUUUGUGUGUUACAUUAAUCCAAUGAGACAUGGCUCCUGAGCAGAGUGCCACCUUGUCCUGGGAAGAGACAUUUAGAAGCCACCAGGCCCUCCUGCUGCCUGGGCUGAUUAGGCACUCGGGGUUGGGAGCACAGCAUUUCAGGUGUCAUUUUCUUUCCGUUGGGCGCUACCUGCAUCUCCCUCUAUCCCCUGCUGCUUUCUCUUAGAGUUGGUUCUAAAACUGCAGGUGGUGCUCCAGCUAGCUCUUUAGGGUUUCUCCAUUUCCCUCUUCCUUCCCCAUGCCUUUUUCCCCAAAUGAAGGCAUUGUGAGUCAGUUGCCUUUAAGCAGGCAGCUUUGGUAGUUUAUCGCCCUGGCAGCUAGGGGCCCUGUCACUCCCAGGCUGCCCCUAUCUUGGGGUCAGAUUGACAAAAGGUUGGAGGGAAAGCCUUAAGCCAUGGAAUUCUCACCAGCUGUGACUGGCCCAGAUUUAGGGUGUGACCGUGACUUUAUCUGUACCUGAAUGUUAUGAAGUGAUGUCUUUCAGUGAAUAUGUAAAGAACACAGGAACUGACCAUCAGCCUUCAGAUAGCUGAGGCUAGGUCCUUAAGGUCAUAUCCAGUCUCCCUCACCCUGUUCUAGUUGUUAGUUACUACCUCCUCUCCCAACCGAAUGCUGAUAAUCCUCCAGCUACUCCUGGGUAUGACCGACCUGGUCUGACCCUGCCCUGUCCCUUGGUAGGUCUGUCAUAACCAGUGAAAUUGUCAGUCCUGACAAUGCAGUGAGCUGGGGACACUUUGCCACAGCCAGACUCUAAUACAGCUCCCUUCUGUUGGUGCUGUAUUCCUAUAACAAAAGGCACAGGGGAUGCCUACAAAUACCAUAUCCCCCAGUCCAUCAGUGCCAGACUAGCCAAGGGCCCCAGCCUCUCAGCUCACAGAAUGGUGAAAGCUAUGACCCCAUUGUGGGUGCAGGUAACACUGUUCAGUGGCAUCAUUCCAGGCUGGAGGCCAUGAACAUUGAAGAUGGGAACCGAAGCAGCCCCCAAUUGUCACCUGCUUCCCUGCCCAGGUUGUCGUCGCUGUGACAAUAUGUGAAAGAGGGUAAUAACCAAAAACAAACCGCUAAGUUUGGUGGCGGAAGGAGUUUCCUCAGCUGAUAGGACUUGGAUUUUAAAUAACUUCUAACAAGUGGCUCAAGCCCAGGGAAGAGCAAAAGGGUAUGAACUGAAUCUCCCAGGUGGGACCAAUCAGAUUUUGUUUCGCCCAAGUGGAGCCCAGCAGCCAGAGCUCUGUAUUGCCCUGUAACUACAGACCCUUUCUGGAGCCUUCCAGCCAGGCUUUCUGGGCUGACUGGGUUGAGGGAGGUCACAGGUUCUGGUUCCUUGAGAAGACCUUUGUGCAUCGUAUGGUAGCCUGUGUCUUUGCCCCAGAUUGUUUCCUGAUUCAGGUUCGUGCCUGCAGUUUCUAGAGCCCUGGGGACCGUGGCAUAGCAAAGUUGACAGUCGAAGGGGACCUAGGGAACCUGCUGCAGGGGCAGGGCCAGCACAGAUGCAACAGUGCCCCGUGCCUCGGCCAAGCUCUCUGCUCCCUCCUGUCCUCUUCCUACUCUUCCUGCCUGCUCUCUGCUUCAGUGAGCCAGCUCCACUCUGAAGGGAUUUGUUGAUUCUCUCCAUUUUGCUGUCUUUCUCUUUUAGAUACUAUAUCAAUCUUUAGAAAAGGCUUAGUCUAAUUGGUAUAAAUCGCUAGGAUACUGCCUCCCCCAAGGUCUAAAAUUACGUAGUAAAGGGGAAAAAUUGAACACUGAAACCAGUUCUCAACAGUUUAGAAGGAAAACCUUGAAAAUAUUUGACAGAAAAUUACACUUUGAUGUUUCUGAAUAAGAGCAAGCUUUUGCAAAAAUGCUGAUCUAAAAAUACUUAGUACUUGUUGGCCUGAGAUGUCUGGUGAGUGUUACAGGCAAAGGGAACUCCAGCCUGAAGCCUCCUGCAUCUGAGGUGGAACCAGGGACCACUUGAGACUCGGAGCCUUUUAUCAUUGGAGAGCCAGUCACUCCUUGGGUAGCUGUCCCCAAGGACACAGCUUCUGACCCUGUCCUUUGGGGGUUGUGUGGAAGCUAAUGGCCUACCUGGUCCCAAAGCUUCAAGAGAGCAGCUCUUGGUGUAGGAAAGAGAACAUUCACUAGUGUGAUGCAGAAGGCCCAGCACCACCCAAUUUCCCAUUCUCCUCAUCUUGACAGCCUGCCCCGGAGCUCAUUUGUCAGGAAAAGUUUUACCAAGGGAACUAGAAGGGUCCUCUAGUUCUGCAUUCCUCCUGCUCUGCUCCCCUGGAGGGGUCUUGGGUACAGAUGAAAUGGUUGUGUGACAAGCACCCCAGCACUCCCUUCUGAACUUGCCCAUCACCCCAGAGCCUCUCGCUGCCUCCCCAAGCCACUCUGCCCACCCUCUUAGGAGGCAUGAGAGCCCCUGGGGCAAGGGAGGGAGGGCACAGGCAGAGCCGAGACUUCGAGGAACAGUCUGGGCCUUUAAAUUUAAGAACAUUUGGGCAACUUGCGAAUGGCUUUUGCUCUCCCCUGCCCCAUCUUACCUUUUAUCAGGUCCUACUCAGCAAUGAGAGCAAAUGCAGUGAAAAGGCCAAGAGGUUUGGCUCCUGCCCACUUUUAGUCCCUCUCCCCGCAGUGUUUGUGUGUCAAGUGGCAAAGCUGUUCUUCCUGGUGACCCUGAUUAUAUCCAGUAACUUAUAGACUAUACGCAUAGGCCGCUUUGUCUCCUCUAUCCUGGGCUUUUGUUUUGCUUUUCAAUUUUGCUUUUAGUUUUCCUCUCCCUUUUAUUUUAUGCACCAACUAGACACACAAAGCAGUUGAAUUUUUAUAUAUAUAUCUGUAUAUUGCACAAUUAUAAACUCAUUUUGCUUGUGGCUCCACACAAAAAAAGACCUGUUAAAAUUAUUCCUGUUGCUUAAUUAUAAUAUUUCUGAUAACCAUAGUAUAGGACAAGGGAAAAUAAAAAAGAAAAAAAAGACAAAUCUGUCUGCUGGUCACUUCUUCUGUCCAUGCAGAUCUGUGGUCUUUACUUGCUUCUUUCAAGGGCUUCCCUGUGCCAAGUGAAGGAGGCUCCAGGCAGCACCCAGAUUUUGUACUCUGUUUCUCCUGUACUUGUGAAAGGGGUUCCAAGAGUCUGGGUGUAGGACAGUUCACCUCAGCAGGUGCACUCCCUUGACCUGAAGUCACCCUAGUUGGCACACACAGCCUGGUCCCCUCCACCUUGGGGGUGGGAAGCUGACAUGCACAGGGAGGGCGAUUCCCCCAACCCCUCCCAGUGAUCUGACCAGGGUGAGCCCGUGUGCAGUCAGCCUGGCAAAUCUCCCCACUGGCAGGGCUCGAAACAUGACCUCCCCACUUUGCUGAGUCCAGAGGCUGGAGGGGAAAUGGGAGGAGGCCUGGCCUGUCUCCAAACUGGUGAACUGUACCAGGUAGAAUGCCUGAGACCCCAGAACCACAUACAGCAGUCCAGUGGGUUCCCUCCAGGAAGUAGUGAAGACUCCAGAAACAUCCCUUUCUCUUCUCCACCCCCCAUGAGUAAUUGCAUUUGCUUUUGUAAUUCUUAAUGAGCAAUAUCUGCUAGAAAGUUUAGCUGUAACAGUUCUUUUUGAUCAUUUUUAAGUAAUUAAAAACACCAAAAAAUGAAAUCCAGAAACUUGUUCUUCCAAAGCAGAGAGCAUUAUAAUCACCAGGGCCAAGAUCUAUCCCCCUCCCUAUCAUUGCUUAUUCUGAGGCCAGAAUCCAACAGAGACAGUCAUAGGCCCUUUGAUUGGCUGGGCUACUCUGGAGGACCCGGGGCUGGGGCAGCCUCUGGGCGCAUGUCCCAGGGACUGCUCCAGCAUGCGAUCAGUAUUAGCAGUGGGUCGAGACUGACUUUCCCAGUGAGCCUGGGAUGGAGGCAAGAGGCUGUUGCUGCUGUUCAGCCACUGACAGGUGGGUGACCACGAUGUGUCCACAUGCGUGCUUUGUGACUGAUGUGAAAUCAGCGCCCAAGUUAGCCUCACCCGGUGACCUCUAGCCCCGCCCGGAUGGAGCAGGGCCCACCCAGUUCAGUGUUUCUGGGGAGCUGGACAGUGGAGUACAAAAGGCUUGCAGAACUUGAAGCCUGCUCCUUCCCUUGCUACCACGGCCUCCUUUACCAUUUGACUUGUCACUGCUUCAAUCAAUAACAGCCGCUCCAGAGUCAGUAGUUGAAUAUAUGACCAAAUAUCACCAGGACUGUUAUUCAAUGUGUGCCGAGCCCUUUCCUCGUGCGGGGCUCCCCGUGUACCUGGACACUGUAAUGUGUGCUGUGUUUGCUCUCCUUCCCCUUCCUUCCUCGCCCUUUCCUUGUCUUUCUGGGGUUUUUCUGUUUGGGUUUGGUUUGGUUUUUAUUUCUCCUUUUGUGUUCCAAACAUGAGGUUCUCUCUACUGGUCCUCUUAACUGUGGUGUUGAGGCUUAUAUUUGUGUAAUUUUUGGUGGGUGAAAGGAACUUUGCUAAGUAAAUCUCUUCUGUGUUUGAACUGAAGUCUGUAUUGUAACCAUGUUUAAAGUAAUUGUUCCAGAGACAAAUGCUUCUAGACACCUUUUCUUUACAAAGCAUUUGGAGGGAGGGGAAUGGUGACUAAGACAAGAGGGGCGAUCUGAAGAGAUGACCCUUUCCCAGAUCAUCCAGAAACCACCCAAAGAGGUUAAGCCCGGGUCCCAUUCCAAGCCAACAGACUGAAUAGCUGAUGUGUUGCCAUUUUCAAAGUCAGAGCAAAACCAGUUUUUGUCUCAUCCACUGGAUUCUUUGAGCUCCCCCCCAAAAAAAUUAUUAUCUCCAUUGUUGUUUUUAAGGAAAGACAAGGUUGAUGUUCCUUGAGGAGAGCCAGGAGGAGAUGUGAGAGCAGAGCUGACCUAGCUGAAAACAAAGGGAGGGAGGGGGAGAGGUUUGGCCCUAAGCUUGUGGUCAGAUGCCCUAUUGUGGGCACAGGUCAGGGAUGGGUUGGCAGGUGGAUUGGCUACUUCCUGCCUGAUGCAGCUCUUUCUGGACAAGGCUAGGGAGUGGGCAUUCUUGUCUCCAAGGCAUGCCCAUAGGGCAUUAUCAGUCAGGACACUUCUGCCACACCCCAUCUUGUCCCCGUGUGCACAGCACUAAUGACAUUGCUAUUCCCCACUGUUCCAGGGUUGUAAAAUGACAGCAGAGGGAGUUCGCUUUUCCUCUCUUUCUUUGCUGUCAUUUGAUACCCAAAAAAUUUUACAUUAGACACCCCCUUCCCUUUCCAUGACAAACAGAUCCUUCUCAGUGAAGCCGUCACCCUUGUUACGGAUUGUUCUGGGCUCACAGAACAGGGACAGAUCUGUGCUCCCUUAGUGCUUCAGGUGAGGACAGUACUGCCUGUAGUGACCAUUUGCACAUGGAGUUUAGUACCUGGAAGAACCAGACAGGGUGUCUGCCCACUUCCAAGUUCAAGUCACACUCCCUUCUGUCAGCCUGAAGGCCGAGAUCUGAGAGACAGUGCUGCCAGUGACAGACCACCCUGUGUUGAAGGGAGCCAGCUUCAUCCUGAAAGCCUGCCUGAGGUUGGGAGCAGGGUGCAUAGGGCAUGGGGAGAGACCCAGGACAGACUUACCUGGAGGGGUCUUGAAAAGCCCUCUGUCGCAUUCACCUUCAGUUUUUGUGUUUUGGGACAAUUACUUUAGAAAAUAAGUAGGUCGUUUUAAAAACAAAAAUAUUGAUUGCUUUUUUGUAGUGUUCAAAAAAGGUUCUUUGUGUAUAGCCAAAUGACUGAAAGCACUGAUAUAUUUAAAAACAAAAGGCAAUUUAUUAAGGAAAUUUGUACCAUUUCAGUAAACCUGUCUGAAUGUACCUGUAUACGUUUCCAAACACCCCCACUGAAUCCCUGUAACCUAUUUAUU